UGGAAUAUGAAGGAUUGUCUUGUUGCAGUUGGUGUUGCGUUUGUUGCAGGCUUUUUCUAUCUACAGGAAAAAAGAAUUAAUGAUUUAUAUUUAGAAUUUCGACAUGAAGUGAAUUCCAUAAAACUUGCACACAAAGACGAAAUCCUUGCGUUACAUUUGAAGAUGUUUGAUUAUUCAGAAAAAGGAAAAGCCCACCAUAUGUUUUUAAAUAUGGAAAAGAACCUGGAAAAAAGAAUGAAAGCGGCAGAGGAAACUCUAACUAACAGUACCAGAGAGGUUUUGGAUCAGAUUGCAUUUGAUACUGAUGCCAUUGCACAAGCUUCCUGUGCUGGUACUGCACCUGAAGGUCACUUUGUAGCUGCUAUUCGAAGAGAUUGUGGUGAGAACAAAUUAUCUUGUGAUACAAUAUGUAACAGUGGAACUACCAGCAUGAGAAAUAUCUAUGGGAAUCAGGGAUCUGUAAAGGCUGCCUGCUUUGGAUCAUAUCAUAUAUACCAAAAACGCAUAGCUCUGAAACCUGAGGACAAAGGCAGAGCAGGGAUGGCAAUGCACAAAUAUAAAAAUGGAUGUUCGCAAACAGGUUGUGGCCCUAACUACUGUUGCUGUCGAGCAUAAUGAUGUUGUGAAAGUAUUUACAGACAAUGAAUUUCGUCUUUUCAGAUAUUAUUAACUUUAUAUCCUAUUCACUUCCUACAGCCAUAUGCAUGUAUCAUGACCAUUUCCCUCGGGAUCUUCUUUAUGCAAUGUUCCUUUCUCAGGCAAAUUGGAUAUGUAAAAUUAUGUUUGUACAAUCUAUUUCAAGUAAAAAUCUCGAUAUAUAACAUGCAUUUUCUAAGCACCAAAAACUCUUGGGAACGGCACGAUUUGGAUAUGAAAUUUGGACCAAAUGGUGUCUUGGCAAGAAAUUACCAAAUAUGGUGUCAGAUGUUCCACACGUGCACCCAGUUGCCAUGGAGACGGAUCCAUUGAAUUUGGCCAUUUUUGACUAAAUGAAAACAUGAAAAUUGAGGAACUGUAAAUGCAUUUUUAUCUAUAUGUAAUACACUCAAACAUGAAUCAUUGUAUCAUAAGAUAAUAUGAACGUUUAAGAUAUACUGGACAUAUAAUCAUUUUUUUUCUAGAAAUAUUCCCGCUGUAGGAAAAAAGUCGUGGAAAAUGACAGGGUUUCUGAAAUCUUAAAAAUGGAAAAUCUAGUAUUUU